AUGGAAUUGCUCAGGGACAAGCCUGAGGUCUCCCUAUCCAGUAUGGACAGAAAAGUCACAGUCCAUGAAGAUGGGUAUCCUGUGGUCUCUUGGGUCCCUGAGGAGGGAGAGAAAGGCAAGGACCAGGUGGAGGAUCGAGGCCAAUGGACCAACAAGAUGGAGUUCGUGCUGUCAGUGGCUGGGGAGAUCAUUGGACUAGGCAAUGUCUGGAGGUUUCCCUAUCUCUGCUACAAAAAUGGAGGUGGAGCUUUCUUCAUCCCCUACUUCAUCUUCUUCUUCAGCUGUGGCAUCCCAGUGUUCUUCCUGGAGGUGGCACUGGGCCAGUACAGCAGCCAGGGAAGUGUUACUGCUUGGAGGAAGAUCUGUCCCCUCCUCCAAGGCAUUGGCAUGGCGUCUGUGGUCAUUGAGUCUUACUUGAAUAUCUACUACAUCAUCAUCCUUGCCUGGGCUCUCUUCUACCUGUUCAGCUCCUUCACCUGGGAGCUGCCCUGGACAACCUGCAGCAACUCCUGGAACACAGAGCAUUGCGUGGACUUUCUGAACCACUCAGCGGCCACCGCAGUGAACCACUCUGAGAACUUCACCUCACCUGUCAUGGAAUUCUGGGAGAGACGGGUUCUGGGUAUUACAUCUGGCAUCCAUGACCUGGGGUCCCUGCGCUGGGAGCUGGCCUUGUGUCUCCUGCUUGCCUGGGUCAUCUGCUACUUCUGCAUCUGGAAGGGGGUCAAGACCACGGGCAAGGUUGUUUAUUUCACAGCUACUUUUCCCUACCUGAUGUUGGUUAUUCUCCUGAUCCGGGGUGUCACCCUUCCUGGAGCCUACCAGGGUAUCAUUUUCUACCUGAAGCCGGACUUGCUGCGCCUCAAGGACCCCCAGGUGUGGAUGGAUGCGGGCACCCAGAUCUUCUUCUCCUUUGCAAUCUGCCAGGGGUGCCUGACAGCCCUCGGCAGCUACAACAAGUACCACAACAACUGCUACAGGGACUCCAUAGCCCUCUGCUUCCUGAACAGUGCCACAAGCUUCGUGGCUGGCUUUGUCGUCUUCUCCAUCCUGGGCUUCAUGUCUCAAGAGCAGGGAAUACCCAUUUCUGAAGUGGCUGAGUCAGGUCCUGGUCUGGCCUUCAUUGCCUUCCCCAAAGCCGUGACGAUGAUGCCUUUGUCUCAGCUGUGGUCCUGCCUUUUCUUCAUCAUGCUCCUGUUUCUAGGGCUGGAUAGCCAGUUUGUCUGUAUGGAGUGCCUGGUGACUGCCUCCAUGGACAUGUUCCCCCAGCAGCUCCGGAAGAGCGGGAGACGUGAGCUGCUGAUCCUGGCUGUUGCCAUUGUGUGCUACUUGAUGGGGCUCCUUCUUGUCACUGAGGGCGGGAUGUACAUCUUCCAGCUCUUUGACUACUACGCCUCCAGUGGCAUCUGCCUGCUCUUCCUCUCCUUGUUUGAGGUGAUCUGCAUCGGCUGGGUGUAUGGGGCGGACCGUUUCUAUGACAACGUUGAGGACAUGAUUGGCUACCGGCCGUGGCCCCUGGUGAAGAUCUCCUGGCUCUUCCUGACUCCUGGCCUUUGCCUGGCCACCUUCAUCUUCUCCUUGAGCAAGUACACACCUCUCAAAUACAACAAUGUCUACAUGUACCCUUCUUGGGGAUACUCCAUUGGAUGGCUUUUGGCUUUCUCCUCCAUGGCCUGUGUCCCACUCUUCAUCAUCAUCACCCUCCUGAAGACCCAGGGUUCCUUCAAGAAGCGCCUUCAAAGGCUCAUUACACCGGAUCCCAGUCUGCCCCAGCCAGGGCGGCGUCCACCUCAGGAUGGUGCCUCUGCUCACAACUGUUCGCCCACACCAGCCAAGCAAGAACUCAUUGCCUGGGAGAAGGAAACACACUUGUAG